AUGGCAAAGAUGGGAAUCUGUUUCGAGGGGGCGAAGUGUCGGCACCAGCACUCCAAUGGCGUGCAACUAGCCCGGGCUGAGCCUUGCCCCUUUGGUGGCGAUUCCCGUGAGAGCUGCCCCUUGCGGAACCUCUGCGCCUUCACCCACGGUGAGGCAGAGCAGCAGUGUCCCCCGAUCUUCCGUGCACGGGGCGAUUCUCAGGGCCAUGCUCAGGGCCAUGAUGGCGAGGAGUCCGCAGCCAAUGUUGUGAAACGGUCGCUGGGCCGCGCCAUGGACCAGGUUCUGGCACUGCUGGCUGAGGCUCGUGCGCUGGGGCUGGUGGAUGACGUGCGUAGCGCCGAAAGGCGCCUGAAUUCAGUGCAGCGCCUGUCCGGUCCCAUGCCCAGCAACCCAAGCAACCAGCCUGCACCCCAGCCUGGACCCAGCCAGGAGGCAGCUGUUUCGAUGCCACGAGGCGCCCUGAGCCGGGCAUCUUCCUGCGACAGUUUCUUCGAUGGCGAGAACCUGCGAUUUGUGUUGGCACCUUCAACGCCUGGGGACAUCACCCGAUCCAACUCACCGCGAUCUGCGCACUCUCAAGCUCACAUUCCCCAAGUGUGGGAGGAGUGCCAGGGUUACCACGGCAUCUACAGACCCAGCUUGCCCUGUGCUGCCAGCAUAGACUCCGCGCUGCGCAACGUGAGCGAGCCAGCAUCGCUGCAGUCGCUGCAAGUGCCAUCCUCCAGCGCAGCGCAGGAGGCGUUUGAGGAGGUGCCGGCAUCAGCGGUGAAUGCUUGGCAAGAUGCCGUGGCCCCGCUGGUCCUGCGUGCCCCACUGCGCAGGCGGAGCAGCAAGGCAUCUGCGGAUGGACCUCCAAGCCUUGGCUUCAUGUGGCACACCAGCCCCUUUGCCAUCUCAAGGACACCCAACAUCCAUACGCCAGUCAGCCACCACUCUCCGGCAAGGUCUCCAACAUCCUUCAGUGGCUACUGCUCUCCCAUCCCAGGUUUCCCCUCUGGAGUUGCUUCCCCCAACCAGAGGCGAUCAGGCUACUCUUCUCCAUCCACCAUGGGUGGUGCAGCUUUCUUCGCUGGGGCAGCCACCCAGAGCGGCCUCAUGCGGCGGCUGAUGUCCCUGCGCGAGGCGCCCGACUUGCUGGAGCUGCUGCUGAAGCAUGCAGAGCGGGUGGCCCCGCGCCGGGCCAGCGAGCCGAGGUCGCUCUGCCUGGACCUCAGCUCGGAGCUUCUACCCGCGCUGCUGGCGUGCUCGCCGCUGGCCCAUUUGCUGGCACAAGUAUCCUGGCAGAAUCGGCAGCCGCGCCCAGCCUACAACUGCCUCAUGCAGCUCGCCUGGGAGUUUUACGGCAGCGACGGAUCCAGGCAGACCUAUGCCGAGGAAGCUGAUUCCAUAAGCUGGAACCCGGCGCGCAGACCGAUCGAAUCAGUUGCUGCAAUGCCUCUGAGCAAUCGUUUGGUGGCCAUCGACGCAACAUUGUUUGCGGAGCCACUGCUGAGACGCUUCGAGAGAGGCAAGUCAGUGCAGGAGGCACCCGUCUUUCCAAACCUGGUGGCUGGUCCUGCUGACAUGUUCUCCUGCUUUCUACGUUUCUUCCUGGGGGAGCUGCACGAUGAGUGCAAGUGGCCCACGCUGUCUGCUGUGCCCUACCAGCAUGAGGAUUCCCCAAUGAUGAGGAUCUUCGGGGGGCUGGUCCGUACCAACUCCCGGAGGAGCCGUGUCAGCAGUUUGGGAGAUGGCCACGCACACACCGAUGUCGCGCCCUUCCUGCUGCUGCACUUGGACCUUGCGGACCCAGGGGAUCCGAAGACCCCGAUAACUGUGGAGGCGGCGGUGGAGCAGGUCCUUCGACGCCACGAGGCCCGGUUCUUGCGGCUGCCGCCCUUCCUGCUCAUUCAUCUGCAGCGCUUCCGGACUGGCAGCGAUGGCUUGCCAGACCGCGUGAGCCGCAAGUGCCGCCUGGGUUUGCAUAUGGAGCUCGAAGAAGCUACAGGCUACACCCUGCGCUCGGUGGCCUACCACCUGCGCAGUGCCAUAUGCCAUUAUGGUGAGAUCCCAGAGAGUGGGGCCUACAAGGCUUUCGCUCUGCACUUGGAGGAGGAGGACAGGCCAGAAAGCAGCGGAAGCGCAGGCGGAAACGCAGGCGGAAACGCAGGCGUAAGCGGUGGAAGCUGGCACGUCUUGGAUGAUGCAGCCGUGCGCUGCAAGCAGAAGGACAUCCAGGACAUCAUCGACUCCGAAGGUCACCAUGCCUGUUUCUUGAUGUUCCGGCGCGGUGAUACAAAGACCGUCAAUCUCAGGCCACAUGCAGUUUUCUCAUAG